AUGAACUUAACACAUUCCAUUUCAACGAUGCUGUACUUUCAACUGGUGAUAAUGGCAGGGACUGUCAUGUUGGCAUAUUAUUUUGAGUAUACGGACACUUUCAACGUACAUGUCCAGGGGUUUUUCUGUCACGACAAUGCCUACACGAAGCCUUACCUCGGACCGGAAGAGUCUAGCGCGAUCCCCCCUGCUAUCUUGUACGCUGUGGUUGCCGGCGUGCCCGUACUUGUGAUCACUGCCACGGAGUCUGUGCUCUUCCUGCUGCAGUACAUCUCCGAGGACCUGGACAACAGGGAAAAGAUCAUCGUGAUGGGAGACUGCUGUUACCUCAACCCUCUGGUGCGCAGGACAUUCCGCUUUCUCGGUGUGUACGCGUUUGGCCUGUUCGCCACUGACAUCUUUGUGAACGCAGGCCAGGUGGUGACGGGGAACCUGUCCCCUUACUUCCUGACGGUGUGCAAGCCCAACUAUACCGCCCUGGGCUGCCAGCAGGCUGUGCGCUUUAUCAGCCAACAGGAAGCCUGCACAGGCAACGGUCAUGACGUAACGCAUGCCCGCAAAUCCUUCCCAUCCAAGGAGGCUGCCCUCAGUGUCUAUGCUGCCCUCUAUGUCUCUAUGUACAUCACGUGCAGGGUGAAAGCUAAAGGCACACGCUUGGCCAAGCCUAUGCUCUCCCUGGGGCUCGUGUGCCUGGCUUUUCUCACGGGCAUCAACCGCGUGGUGGAGUACCGCAACCACUGGUCCGAUGUCAUUGCCGGCUUCAUCAUCGGGGGAGCCAUAGCCGUCUUCAUGGUGGUCUGCGUCGUGAAGAACUUCAAGAGGAAACCUUUGCUGAGUGUGAUACCACCAGAGGAAGGUGCUCCCAGCACUCACAUACUCAGGCAGCCAAGGGUGGAGCAUGCUGUGGAGAAAUGCGGGUCCCCGCAGAGUCCCAUCACAUAUGCUGAGGUCACAUGA